CACUAGCACCUGCGCUUCCUGUUUAUCCACAGUUAGGCCAGAUGUACUGCGAUGCUUUCUUACAACACCACUGUACGCAACUGAGCACCAACUGACCUCCACCGGCGGGUACACCCUAUUCGCACCAAUGCUCUUUCAAUCUGGCCGACUGACGUUUACACGAACCUGAACACCGAAUGUCAGCCCCAGGUGGACCUGCGUGUAAACGUACCUGGUAUGUUGAAUGUGUGAUAACCUCUUGUGGUCAGCACACUUGCAAUAUGAGAUGCUGCCUGCGUGUGUGCGCAAGGACCGUGGCUCGCGAAAUAAGGAUGGCAUUGGUGGCUCUUUUUACCCAUGAACGGGGCCCGUAUUCCCGUUCACAAUACCUCUUCUGCAGCGGACGGAGAUCGCUGCUGCAGUUCUAUAGCAACCGCAAGCAGGGAUUCAGAGGGCUUUGUCCUCACAUUGUCUGCGUCAUCGUCGUUGGAUUAGCACUGUCGACCUUCGACCUCCGCGGUCACGCGGCAGCUGCUGAGAAGAGCAUCGGCGACAUCCUUCGCGAAGGCGGGUACCGCGAGGACUUUGCCGGCGCAGCUCGCAUGAACAAGUUCGCGCUCGCCUUCAGGAUCGCCAACAAUAUUGUGUGCGGCCGGUGCAACUCAACGGGUAAAGAUGAGUACUGUUUUCCCAAGUUGGCGAAGAGCAAAGAAAAUUGCGACAGAGAAGAUGCCUACUACGAUACCAAUAUAGAACACCAGUUGGACUCAUUUUUGCCCUGCCUGAUGCGUUACUCCGACGAAACGACCCUGCUGUGUCUCAUGGAAACACCGAUGGGCAUUCCACCUCCAGAUAAAGCUGACGUCGAAGACACAACGCAGCCGGAGGACGAGCCCAUCACAACAGGCAGCGGCGUCGAAGGAGCAGGAACUGGGGAAGACGAUGCAGCGGGCGAAACCGAACGCGAGCAGCGAGUGAUUCCCGUUAGGCGGCAGGAGCUGGUGGACAUCGUGUCGCACGCCAAGAUCACCCGCGUCAUCAUCGGCGAGCAGCUCGCGGGCCCAGCCACAAGGCGCCGUCGAACUCUGGUUCACGAUAAGCGCCCAUAAGCACAUUCUUGCGGACACUGCAUAAAUCGCCAGAACAUCUAGUGAAGCAGACGAACAAUAAACAAACGAAUAAUUUGACAUAGAAACAAACAGAAAACAGCGGCGUUUCCGUAACGGCCAUCACGAGCAGCACCGUUGGUGGAGCAAGGUAACGGACCCUACUUGCUCUCUAUUGUGGCCACAAACAACGCCAUGCCUAGAUAAUGCUGCCGAAUUACAGGUUGCGUUAUUGUUUUCACGUUAAUUUAAUAUCGCUAAACGAAAAACAAAUGCAUCAGAUGAGGCAAUUAUGCCAACUGUGCGGCAAAAUCUCGAGCUGUCGAUCUCAUCGACAGGUAUUCCCGCUCGGCGAACACGUUCUUCAGUUCUGCUCGUUUCCCACCCUGGUGGUUCAUUGGCUACGGCUUUCUGCUGUAGAUUACCAAGUUGCGCGUUCAGCUCUCAGAUGUCGCAACCAAAUUCAUGAGGCACGAUUGCU